AUGGAAGAAGACCAAGUAUAUUGCCUUUUAGAUCAAGUGCACAGACUACUUCAUCAUUCUAAUUAUGUAAAAAGUCUCGGUGUCAUGUCUUUUGGGGUUGCCAUUGAUGAGGAUAGAGUUAAUUCUCUUAUAUCUGCUGUAGUGAAGCACAAAAUCGAAGAGCUUAAGCUUUCCCUACUUGUAAAUCAGUUUGUGUUACCCAAUUGUUUCUCGGCCUUUGAAUCAUUGACUGAGCUGCAUUUAGAACUGGGCUGUGUUCUAGAUGUUCCUAGUGGCAUUCGUUUCCCUAGCCUGAAGACAUUCAAGCUUUCACGUGUUACCUUUGCAAAUGACAAGUCAGUUCAACAACUUUUCUCUGGGUGCCUUGUCCUACAAGAGUUAACCUUGUUUAACUGUAAUUGGAGUAAAAUCGAGCAGACCAGCAUAACAACUCCCGCAUUAAAGAUAUUAACCAUAUUUUCGGGCCUUCGAGUAAAUAUGAUGCGUUCUACAGUCAGGAUUGAUGCUGUGAAUCUUUUAUAUUUCAGUUGCACGGGCUAUAUACUAGUAAAUUUUCUCCUUGUUAACACGCCUCCAUAG